CUCCAGGCCAAAGCUCCGGUCAAACCGGUCAACUUCGAGGCGCCGGAGCCCGGACUCCCCCUCCCCCACAUCGCCUUAUAUGCAAUCUGCCAGGCCGGCUCUCCGACCUCUCCAAGUCGGUCUCUUCCACAGUUUUGUGCCGGUGUUGUCACAUGGAGCCAGAAAUUACGGCGUGUUUAUAAAGUAAUUAAAUCAGCCGAUUUCGUGUUGAAUCAUCUUUGGUCUUGGAUUCAUAAAUUACCUGCUUGCUGCAAUCAAAUGUAAAGUCAGCUAUCUAACCACCAAAGAAAAAUGGGGUUUUUGAGAAUAUACAGGCUGCAACAUGCUGUACUUACAAGAUUGGUUAAACAUCAGACAUUUACUCAGCCACUGUGCAGUACACUGCAAGUAAUGCAAAUGCAUGCAGCCAGAAAUGAAUCCCCUAAAAUCACACCUCAGAGUGAUAGAAGAAUUCUGCAUAAUUGCAUGUUAAUUAGACUUUCCAAGUCUGAGGGGAGAGAGCUGCAAAGGGCAAGACUGAAGGCCCAACAAACUGCAGUGGAUGGAGAGCAUGCACCUGCCAUGCCUACCUGUGCCUUCUUCAGUGCUCUAGGAACAGACAGCAUUCAUUCAAGCCAUAACUCUCUGGCAGCUGAGGCACCACUGGAGUCAACAGAGUCAUCCAUGUUUCCAUUUGCUGCUGCAUCUCUGGUGGAGUUCACAGAACCUGGUGAGCAGCAGGAUGAGCAUGACACACCUGAUGACACGCAGCUGCAGCAAACAGUGCGUGAGCGGCUACAACUGCUGCGCGAGCAGGCGGUGCGCGAGCAGGCUGCCGACGCAGACACUGAUGACCAGGACCUGUGGGUGCUACGCUAUGGCCACCCGGACCCAUCUGUGCCGGCCAGCCAGGUGGUGUGCGGCGGCUGCGGCGCGCACCUGCACUGCCAGGAGCCGUCGUGGCCCGGCUAUUUGCCGUCGGAGGUGCUGCGUGCAGCACCAGAGGCCGAACUGCGCGACCUCAUCUGCCAGCGCUGCUACUUCCUGCGCUUCCACAACGCCGCUAUCAACGUCAGCGUGCGGCCGGACGACUACUCGCUGAUGAUGCGCCAGAUGGAGAACAAGUCGGCGCUGCUCGUGCUCGUGGUGGAUCUGCUCGACUUCCCCUGCAGCGUCUGGCCCGGCCUGGCGCAGCUCGUCGGCCGGUCACGGCCGGUGGUGGUCGUGGGCAACAAGGUGGACCUGUUGCCGCAAGACAGCGAGGGAUACCUGGAGCGCGUGAAGGCGGCGCUGAACCUGGCCCUGGAGCGGUGCGGUAUCGAUCGGCUGAACGUGAAGCACACCUGUCUGAUCAGCGCUCGCAGCGGCUACGGCGUGGAGGAUCUCAUCACCGUCCUGCAGACACACUGGAGAGACCAGGGUGACGUGUACUUACUGGGCUGCACCAAUGUGGGCAAGUCAACGCUGUUCAACACGCUGCUGCAGUCGGACCUGUGCAAGUCCGCGGCGCACGAUCUUAUCCGGCGCGCCACCGCCUCCCGCUGGCCGGGCACCACGCUCAACCUGCUCAAGUUUCCCAUGAUGCGUCCGCAAGAGUUCCACAUUCACAAACGUCUGCACCGGUUGCGGAAGGAGAAAAACUGGAGAAGAGAGGAACAGAGGCUGAGAGAAUCGCGCCUGCAGGAGACUGGGGACCCAAAAUACGCCAUGCUGACAGGUCACAUUGGACGCACCUUCCGUGGCCAGCGAGCGCGCGACGGGGAGGCCGCAGUGCUGCCGGCCGAGGCGCCGCCGCCCACUGAGCGGCUGGGGGGCAUCGCGGCCGACGACCCGCGCUUCCCCACCGGCCGCUGGGUGUACGACACGCCCGGCUUUAUCACUCCUGAUCAGCUGCUGACUCAGCUGACUCAGGAGGAGCUGUUGCUGACGCUGACGCGGCAGUUGCUGCAGCCCCGCACGUUCUCCCUGUACCGCGGCCAGUCGCUUUUCAUCGCCGGCCUGGCCCGGCUCGACUACAGGGCCGGUCCCAGCAUGGCUAGGCUGACUGUGUUCGCAUCCUCCGAACUCCCCGUCACCGUCACGGCCACCGAGGACGCAGACGACAUCUACCGGCAGUAUCUGGACUCGGGCCUGUUUGUGGUGCCGCGUGGCGGCGCCAAGCGCCUGGCGCGCUGGCCGGGACUGGAGCCGAAGGAUGUGACGGUGACGGGCGGCAGCGUGACGGAGAGCGCGGCCGACAUCGUCCUCUCCUCCGCCGGUUGGGCCGCCGUGACGCCAGCCGAGGACCGUUCUGGCGACGGCGAGACGGAACUGAAGUUCACGGCGUACACGCCGGGCGGCGCUGGCGUGUUCGUGCGCGCGCCGCCGACACUGCCGCACGCGGUGCGUCUGCGGGGCCGCCGGCGGCACGGCUCGCCGGCGCACAAGCUCGGCACCCUGCACCAGCUGAGAGCGGCGCGCCGGUGACGCCGGCAGGGCUGGGCAUCCGCACUGCGUCCGCCGUCUGUGCGAUUGGGGAGGAACGAUGUCCACCGUCUGCGUGGCGAGGGACGACGUCCGCCGGCCGCUUGACUCGAGCGGGGCGACGUCCGCCGGCCGUUUGACUCGAGCGGGACGACGUCCGCCGGCCGUUUGACUCGAGCGGGACGACGUCCGCCGGCCGUUUGACUCGAGGGGGACGACUGCUGCCGUCUGCGACUUCUGAGCUUCUUAUUCGCGACCGAUGGUUGUCUUCUGCACGACUGGUUCGCGAAGCAGUAUUUUCGCAACCGCAAUACAGUGAUGCCAUUCAUGUGCAGAUCCCACCCAUUUGUUUACUUUUGAAGUAUCAACCGGCUGCUGUCGGCGCCGUCGUAUGACUUCUUUGGCGUAAAGGCACAGCUAUGAACGCCCAUGCCCGCCACUACGCGGUGCGCUCGGCUGAUUUCACCUAGUCUCGUUCUCGCUCAGGCAUUAUUCGACAUGCUGAGAACUUUCUGGACAUGUUUGUGAUGAUACCAUGUACAAAGCCGUA